AAUGAAUUAACAUAAUAAAGUAUAAGAAUAUGAAAAAGUUCUUGAUUUACUUGAUCACUUUUUAAAAAAAUACUAAAAUUUAGGUAAGAAUGCCAUAGAAACUUCAAUUGUCAGUCUCCUCAAGAAUAAUGUGACUGGGUUAUUCUUUGUUGGUUUCUAUGAAGUAAUUGAUGGUAUACUCAUUGAUUCUAUAUUAGAUAAUCAUCUUGAAGUUGGACCAUAUUAAAGUACUAUAUUGGCAACGCCAAGAAUUGAGAAGGGGAAAGGAUAAUGUGGGUAAUGUUGGGCAGAAGGAAAGGUUCAGAUUCAAGAAGAUGUGAAGGUUUGCUAGAAUUACAUAGCUUGUGACAAUGAAACAUAAAGUGAGAUUGUUAUCCCAGUAAUAAAGAAUGGAGUUGUGUAAAGUGUUUUAGACAUUGAUUCAGAACAUUUGUCUAGAUUUGAUGAAGUCGAUUCUAAGUAUUUAUAAAGAAUAGUUGAGUAUUUAAUUUGAUAAACUAUUAAUUAAUGACACUUCCCUUAGAAUUAUUGAAUUUGAGAUUAACGAUUAUGGGAGGCCAUUUGACUUUGAUUAUGAGGCUCUAUUCUCUUAGUGGAGUACAUUGAAUAAAGUAGCUUCUGUAUAUAUAAAUCCAUGACUCAAAAAAUCAAUAAAUCUACAUUUUA